UUGAAUUAUCUUAAAAAGGAAGUUCUUGAUCUGUAUCUUCUUGUUUUUACUAUGGAACUAACGCUUUCAGAAUGACGAUGAAUCGGACGCCGCCGCGGCGCUGCGACUUCGUGUGCUUCCCGAAAAUAUAAAGGAAGAGUUAAAAAAGCUCAAAAGAAGACUAAAAGGAGAAGAACUGCAGCAAGCAAAAUCUGCUGAUAGCAAUGAAGAUCAUGAAGGAGUUAAAUUAAUUUCGGGAGUUAGUGCCACCAAAGACAAAUCUUCAACGAGCAUAGACCACCCUAAUACCGAUAAUGACAAGGAGGAGGCUGAGAAGAAGAUUGCUGAGAUGAUCAAUCAGCUACGUCGUUUGAAUCGUAUCUAUACUUGGGGAGACAAUAUUCCAGAUCCAUUCAUCGGGUUCUUUGAGUUAGACUUACCAGAAGCUUUGCAGAAUUCCUUAAAGGAGUACGGCAUUGAGACUCCGACUCCUAUCCAAAUGCAGGCUAUCCCUCUCAUGACUGAACAUAGGGAUGUCCUCGCUAGCGCUCCCACAGGUGAGCUUCAACCUACUUUUCUCCCAAGUUUACGUCUUAAAUUGAUGCAUUUUUUGUUCUUGCAACUUUAG